AUGACAAGUUGUGAUGUUAGUGUGGUGUUGCAGAAUUGUAGAGAAAGGCUUUCUUUUUUACCAUCAUCAGCCUUUGAUAAUUUAAUAAUACAACAAGAAGAAGAAGAAAAAACAUCAUCAUCAUCUUUAUAUCAUAGUCAUCAUUAUUUUGGUGCUAAUUCUUUUAAAUUAUCUUCAUCAUCCAUGAAUAUUCGGAACAUGAUGGUUCAUCCAUUUUCAUUAUGUAUUUUAUUGAUCAUUUCGAUAAUGAUGAUACAACCAUCAUUAUCUCAUGAAAUAUCAUCAACAACAAUAACUAGUAGUAGUAGCAGCAAUACAAUAGAUAAUAGUCUUCGAACAAGUAUAACAAGUAUUGUACCAUCAAAUUUAUUUAUUAAUUUAAUAGCAACACCACAAACAAGUGGUAAAUCUAGUAAUUCAACAUUUACAUUUAAUGUUGUUCCUAUUGCUAUAGGAGACAAGACUGAUGUUACUUGUUUAGAAUGUACAUUACAUGCUCCUAUUAUUUAUUUAGUUAUCAAUGAUUAUGGAAUUUCGUUUCAAUAUCAACUUGUUACUAAUAAUCAAUGCCCUAGUGAUUUUAUCAAGUAUUUUAAUCAAAAUAAUUAUUCUGAUCCAGAUGCUUUCUUUACUGAAACUCUUUCUUAUUCACCACAAUAUUCUAUUGGUAAUUUGGUAAAUGUUACUUCUAGUCAAGAUUUAUUUACAAUUUAUGGUGUUUUAUACAGAAAUAAUGAAAAAAUGAAUUCUGGAGUUAAUUGCGUCAAUAUUAAAUAUUCAAAUAAUGAAAUUGACACCAUUGCAAUUAAUUUGGCUGCCAAUGGAUCGUGUCCUCCAAUAUCAUCAUCUCCAUCAUGUAAAUUAUCUUCUGAUACCUUAUUUAUUGUUGAACAAUUUGUUUAUAUUAAGAAAAAGUAA